AAAAAAUAUUGGUGCUAAUGUUACUGGUUAUGCUCGAAUAGAAAAGCACAAUGAAGCAGAUCUCCAAGCCGCGAUUGCUGCAGUUGGUCCAAUAGCGGUCUCUAUCGAUGCUGGACAAGGUUCAUUUCAAUUUUAUUCGCGAGGAGUCUAUGAUGAACCUAAUUGCUCAACAAAAAGACUCGAUCAUGCCGUUUUAGCAGUUGGAUAUGGAACAUUAAAUUCAACAGAUUAUUAUAUUGUUAAAAAUUCGUGGGGUGUCAAUUGGGGAAUUCAAGGUUACAUACUAAUGAGUCGAAACAAACAAAAUCAAUGUGGAAUUGCUACGUCAGCUCUUUAUCCACUAGUUUGA